GGUGUCCAGUAGACAGUUGAUUAUAAAAGGGCGUUACUUAACAAACAAAACCCCUUCCCAUUUCUGCAAUGGCACCACAUGGAAGAGAAAUGUCACAAGGCCUGAGUAGAUGAUUUCUUUACACAAGAAAGGUGAAGGCUACAAGAUCAGCAAAGCUUUACUUAUAAGUCAGAAUACUGUAGAAAAAGUGAUACAAAAAUUUAACACAGAUGGAAUUGCAACCAUCUCACAGAAACGUCCAGGCCGCCUACAGAAGUUAACACCUCGACAGGAUAGUCUUCUGAUUUAAGAAGGGUUGAAGAAUAUCCCCAUGCAAGUUCACUACAG